UCUCUGUCCUAAUUAUUUAAAAUAUAGAUAUAAAUAGAAUAUUACACAAGAAGUCGUCUUCUAAAUUUCUAAGCCACAAUGAAAAAAGGAUUGAUAGAACGAGCCGGUCGAAAAAAGUCUUAGAAAACUGGAUAUUUUAUCAUUUUAUUCUAUUACGUUAAUAUAAUUAAAACGCCAUUGAAAUAGAUAGAUGGUCAAUUUACGUUAUAUCGAUUUCGUUAUUGAAUUGCUUGGGUUUUGGCCUUAAUAAAGUGGUUCACGAUAUUAAACAACUUGAUUCGUACAACUUGUUGUGCAACUCUUAUGUUUAUUCCGAAGCCGUUUUUGCGUGUCUAAUGGGAUGCAUAAACAGUACAAAGAAAUUAAGCGAUUUAAAAGGCGAAAACGUUUUCCGAGCCGUGCGACUUCACUCCGAUUCGACAAACCUGGGACGCACAGGAUUCUUGGAACUAACGCCGAGGGAAUUGAUUUUUUGUACACGGUCAAAUCAACGUGUUGUAUGGGCUCUGCAGCAUCUACGCAGAUAUGGUGUCAAUGGCGAUGUUUUUUCUUUUGAGGCUGGUCGUCGUUGUAUGACAGGCCCUGGAAUUUAUAAAUUUCGCUGUCAACGGGCGGAUCAGUUGUACCAUCUCUUUCAAAGUUACAUAAAUGCAGUGGCACUUGUGACGGACGAAGUUUUUCCGUUUGGUGAGCGUGAGCGUGACCGCGACCGUGACCGUGAUCAUCCAUCACAUAUACUUGGACGAUCAGAAAAUGUACACCCAACGAACAACUAUUUAGAGCCAACACCGGUAGUGGAUACGACAGCAGGAAUCUCUGUUUUACAUCGCGCCAGAGCAUUGCGUGAUUCUUUUAGUAGCAGUCCACUAAGUCUGGAUUCUCCAGACUCUGCACCAAGUUUAUCAUUUGCCACUAAUGAAGUAGUACAUAUUCAAAGCCCACGUUAUCCUAGCGGGCGAGGAAUGUAUGUCAACACACCUAAUUCUUCCAAUGCGCUUGCUAAUAGUAAUGUAUACUCGGAGCAUCCUUUGCGGUCACAAGUUGAGCAUAACAACAAUUUAUCAAAUGCUCCCAACAAUGCAUUUAAUAUAUUAGCGAGUAAAAAUUUUAUUAAGCAUUCGUCUUUGGACAUACCUCCUGAAGAAUGUGCACCUAUGUUAACUCCAUCAUCGGAGAUUCUGCACAUGUAUGCAAACGUUGAUAGUGGCACAUUUGGUGCUAGUAAUUUUGGUUUUGGAGGUAUUGGAGAUGUACGGAACGUAGGACGAAAUCAGGAGCGUUGCUAUGAAAAUUUAAACCGGGAAGACUUAAAUAUUAUUCUUCCUCCACAAGCUACGUCGUCUGCUAUACCAGGGAGAACUGUUAAUGUGAUAGAUAUGUCCAAGGAUCAGCAGUCGAAUCAGUUAAAAUCAACAGAAACAAGUGCAGUCAAUUAUAUUGUUCUUGACUUAGACCAACCUCGUAGUCCGACCUUGUGUUCUCCUAAGCUACAUGUAGGAAGUGGUUUGUCAUUGCCAACAGUUGAUUGCAUUGAAAGUAUUGACAGAGGGUGCCCUACAAUUGGCCCUCCUGAUACACCACGAAACAGUGCCACGUCUGCGACAAAGGUGCUCACCACUGUGACAACAUCGAUUACAAACACAACGAAGACAACAAAGAAAAUUGAUGGAAGUGCAGAAGAAUUGGAAAAUAAAGAAGAAUCUUCAUUGGGUUACUCAACAAUAGAUUUUAUAAAAACAUGUGCCCUUAUUAAAUCGUCUACACACGGUGCUGAUUUCGAAGCGGAACCUGACAGCGAAGAAUGUCGGAUCACCCGUCAUAGUAAAUGCGUGCGGAAAGCUUACUCGAUUAGUGAGUAGAAUAUCGUGCACCUUAUCAGAUCUAUCAUGUUGGGAGAACUCAAUUCCUGAAAUCAAGAUAAAUGUACCAGCAUUUAGUACAACAUUUUAGAUAUAAGGGACAUGAUGUCGAUUGGACUUCUUUUGAGAUUUUAAUACACAUAUACUGGCAUGUAUGAGCAGAUUCAGUUGAAGAAAAAGGCGUUUUCUGAGCGGAUAUUUUGUAUUUGUAUAUAUAUGUAUAACAUUUAAAAAAUAGCAUAUUUUUAUUUUGUAGAGCUUUGUAAAUUAAAAUUAUAUUUGCAAUGCAAUUGAAUUUUUAUACAUAUGCUAUAUGAAAUCGUAUUAUUAUACAUACCAUGCCAUGUACUUAUGCCAAAGUUCGUUAAUAUUUCACAUAUUUUGUAGGCUUUAAAAUCGUUUGUACUUAAUUUUUUGUGUUCUAAUUUUUUAUUGCAAUUGAUGCAGGCAUUAAUACUGCAUUUUUAUUAGCUGUAGUAUCAAAAAAGCCAAAGUACUCAUGUAUUC